AAAUUCAAUGCCAAGAAUUAGAGGCAGAGCAGGGUACAAACCUCACAGUCACAAUAAAACAGAAGUUUUGCGAUGGUUUAAAACCCUCCCUUUAGCCCCUGAGUUUCAUCCGACCCUCGAAGAAUUUGAGGACCCAAUUGCUUAUAUUCAUAAAAUUGAGAAAGAAGCUUGUGUGUAUGGUAUAUGUAAAAUUAUACCCCCUGUCUCAUUGCCCUUGACGAAAAGUACUUUUUUUCAACUUAAUAAGUCUUUGGUGGCUUGUUCUGCCUCCCCGGAAGGCGAAUUAAGGCCUACGUUCACUACCCGGGUGCAGCAAGUUGGUUCUUGCCCAGGAAAAGGGCACCCUGUGAUUAAGUCUGUGAGGGAGAGUGGGAAAAGUUACACUGUUGAGGAAUUUGAAGCAAAGGCAAAGUGUUUCGAGAAAAAUUAUUUCAAGAAAAGUUCGAUUGAUAAGGGGGCUUUAGGUCCUCUGGAAAUCGAAAGCCUUUAUUGGAAUGCUAGUGCUGAUAAACCCUUUGAGGUUGAGUAUGCGAAUGACAUGCAUAUAUCAGCUUUUGUGGAGUUGGAGAAGCAGAUGGGAGGAGAUGGAUUGAGUGAUGAUUUGAAUGUGGGAGAUACGGAUUGGAAUUUGAGGGGUGCGGCGAGGUCCAGAAGGUGUCUGCUGAGGUUUGUGAAGGAUGAUAUCCCCGGGGUUACAUCCCCAAUGGUGUAUAUAGGAAUGUUAUUUAGCUGGUUUGCGUGGCACGUGGAGGAUCAUGACCUGCACAGCCUCAAUUAUCUGCACACCGGGGAUAGGAAGACCUGGUAUGGAGUGCCUCAGCAUGCGGCAGCCGCUUUUGAGGAUGUGAUCCGUAAUCACGGAUAUAAUGGAGAGAUGAAUCCUCUCUUGAGUUAUGCUACUCUUGGUCAAAAGACUACCGUCCUGUCUCCGGAAUUAAUUGUAAACGCAGGCAUACCAUGCUGCAGGUUGGUACAAAAUCCAGGAGAAUUCGUAGUCACUUUUCCAAGGGCUUACCACUCAGGAUUCAGUCAUGGAUUCAACUGUGCGGAAGCUUCAAAGAUUGCAACUCCUGAAUGGUUGCGGUUUGCAAGAGAAGCUGAAAUGCGCAGGGCUGCUAUAAACUCUCCUCCAUUAAUUUCCCACAUCCAAUUGCUUUAUGAUCUUGCGCUGUCAUUCUCUUCAAGAGGACCAGCGAGCAUGGAAACAAGAAGUUCUGGAUUAGAAGAGAAGAAGAAAGGUGAAGGGGAAAGGCUGGUGAAGGAGCUCUUUCUGCAAGAUGUGAAGCAUGAUAUCAGCCUGCUUCACAGUCUUGGGAAAGGAUCUGCAGCUAUCCUUUUUCCCCGUGAUUUUAUCGUUGGAAAUUUUCCUGAAUUGCGUGAUGGACUUUUCCCAUGUUUAGCUUGUGGGGUUUUAUGUUUUGCUUGUGCUGCAAUCAUAAAACCUGGUGAAGUAGAUGUUCACAAUCUCAUGCUAGCUGAUUUUGGCAAUAUUGGAGGUAGUGGUGUUGCUUCUGACAUUGCUGCUAGUAAUUGGUGGUUUCGUUCUGCCGGAUCUGCCAAGAAUGCUGUGCUGGAUUCUGGUUUAGGUAAUGAAUACUACAUACUAGUUUAG